AUGUUUCGUUUCGCGCACAUUGUUUCGCUCGUCGCAUGCGCUUCGCUCACCGCCGCACAUACCGUCAUCGUCUACCCCGGCUGGAGAGGGAACAACAUCCACACCAAUGGUACCGUCUCCAAAGAUGAUGCGAGCAUAAAACCGGGCAGCUUGGGUAUUAAUUACGAGGAAGAUGGGUCCUAUGGGUUUCCGUACGGAAUGCAGUGGAUGUAUCCUUGCGGCGGCAUGCCCAUGUCCUCAAACCGCACCAAAUGGCCCAUCUCCGGCGGCGCGGUUAGCAUCCAACCCGGCUGGUUUCCAGGCCAUUCCGCCGCCCAAUUCUACAUCAACAUGGGCUUCGAGAACGAACCGCUCAACUACUCCCACACUAUGGUCCCUGUUUUCAGCAUAACCGGUCCUUCAAACGUGCAGUACAACGGCACCUUUUGCCUCCCGCAGGUGCCGCUGCCGGCAAACUACACGCCCAAGGUGGGAGACAAUGCGACCAUUCAGGUUAUCGAGGUUGCGCAACAUGGCGCUUCGUUAUACAACUGCGCGGACAUCACCUUUGCGGAAGACGGCGACCCAGAGAUCCCCAAUGUCAACACGACAAACUGCUUCAACUCGACGCAGCCGGACCAGCAUAUCGGCUUCCAGCAGGUGUACACCACUACGUCAAACCCGGCGCCGCUUUCUAUCCCGUUCAACCCUUACCUCUCGCUUCUUGCGCCGCUGAUGCUUGGUGCGGCGAGCGCGCUGACGUGGCUCUGA